AUGGCGAUAUACCAUCAUAGAGAGGAUAUGGAUAAUGCCUUAAAUGAAGCUAUGCUACUCCUUAUUUUCUCAUCUGCAAGUUAUUCACAAUUGUAUUUCAGGUUUCGGAGGGCUGGUCUAGUGCGCAUUUUGAGGCUCACGGAUGCAUUCAUCUGGGAAGAUUUACCCCACAUUGAUCCUGAGACUGGAUCCCUAGCAAUGGCGGCAUGGAUCCCGCGUGUCCAAAAAAUUUCAUUUUUUCUUACAAGCGUCGCCAGUCUUUUCCAUGUGACUCAAAGCUCAAUACGCUUGUUAACAAGUGAAGACCGUCCUAUGAUUUAUGGAACAUGGUAUCCAUUCGAUAUAACCAAAAGCCCCACCUACGAGCUGAUGAACAUUGCACAGGGCAUCGCUAGUGUUCAAUGGAUAUGUUUCCUGUAUGGGUUGCCUGCCUUUUACGGUACAUUGGUGUCUAUCGCGUGCAGUCAGCUGGAGAAGCUAAGAGCGAACCUCCUGGAUAUCAGACAGAAACUCGACUCGGGCGCUGAGACUGCCCAAGGGGAAGGAAGACAAGUCCAGCCAUCUCAGGAAGUGUUCUGCGGCAUGCAGGAGCAGCUCACCGAAUGCAUACGUCAUCACCAGCUAAUCAUAGAAUACAUUCGUGCAAUUGAAGAGAUGUUCAACCCGUUCUUAGCAGGUUAUUUUCUCAACUUAAUGUGCGGUCUCUGCUUUACUGCAUACACAGCUGUUACGAGACUGGGAGAUUUACUGCAGCUCUCCCAGACCAUUGUUAUUUACAGCUUCUAUGCUAUAAACGUGUUUGUUUUCUGCUGGUUUGGAAGCGAGCUGAGUGACCAGGCUGAGAGAGUGAGAGACGCUGCCUGGGGCUGUGACUGGGUGGGAACUCCUCUUCCGUUCAUGCGCUGUCUCAGUUUCAUCAUUAAAAUGGCUAAUAAGGAAUUCGUGCUGACUGCUGGGAAAUUUGUCCCCGUAUCCAAGGCGACCAUGAUGAACAUGAUGCAAGAGUCUGUCUCUCUCUUCAUGUUUUUGCUGCAGAUGAAGCAAAAAGAAGAUGUUAUGGAGGAAUUAAAAUGAAUUAAAGAUUUGUAGUGAAAACGUGUAAUUUGUAGUAAGAGAAAUAUUCAAUAAUUUUGCAUGUUCGCUGGAACGUUACACAGGCCAAAGAACAUCAAGCUCUGUGUAAUUUGGCUGGUUAUAUAGAUACCAAUAUAUAACAUAUAUUGUGCUUAAUAUGAUUUAACUGAACAUCCGUGAUAGAUACACUGUCACUAUUACAAAUCUUUACUUAUUCUCACACAUGAAAUAAUAAACAUUCUUUAAAG